AUGCCGAGGCUUAAUUUUUUUCGGAUUCACCUUCUUCUCUUCGUUGUUUGCUCCCUGAUCUUCUCCGCCAUCCUUUGGGCAUCAAACGGCUGUUUCAAGAUUAACUAUGUCGAUGCGUUGUUCCUUUGUGUCAGCUCUGUCACUGGGACUGGAUUGUAUACUAUCGACCUGAGUUCGUUAACAGCAUGGCAACAGACGAUCAUGGUGAUACUAGAGCUCAUAGGAAAUCCGGUGGCCGUCUCCUGGGUUCUGGUCUAUGUCAGGAGACGUUAUUUCGUCAAUCACCUACACCACGUCAUCCGGGCUGAAAUAGAAAGGACCAAGUCCCGUAAUCAGAUGGCGACUAAUAAAGUUGACGAAGAACAGGCCCCACGACGUCGGUCAAGAGAACCUGACGCGACACAGCUGGAUAGGCCUGAGGUUGUAGUCGCGAGUACGCGAUCCGGACCAGGCCUGGUACGCCGAUUAGACACUGCGCCUCGACGUAUUGGUGCCAUGGACUUCGUUGAAGGAGCAGGUGUGAUAAGCCCGUGGCCUCGGCCAAUGAUGUACCACCGAAUGUUGAUAGUACGACCUCGUUGCCAGGCAAUGGAGAAACUCCGAGUCCUCAGCACGAUACGGGCCCGGACAUCGAAUUGUCCGCAUGCAGGCCGUCGCAACAAGGCGCGCCAAGUGAAUGCAAGUGGGAUACAAUCAUCGAUACAUACCCAACGUACGCGAUCGCUGAGGAGGCAAGAAUCCGACUUCGGUGGUUUCGCAGGUCCCACAGAAUUUGUUUCUAAACUCAUGAAGAGAACCGCGCCCAAUCUGCACACUCAGUUGACGCGCACCAUAACGAUGCCACACACAACCACCGUCACUGGUAUGGAUGAUAGAGGAGAAGAAGGAGCCCAUCGUGGCGCUACCAAACAAGUUCCCUAUAUAUCCUUCAAUGCCACUGUGGAUCGCAACUCCAGGUUCCUACAAUUGACUGAAGACAAUCUGCAAGAGCUUGGCGGCGUUGAAUUCCGCGCACUGAAUGCUUUAUUAUGGAUCGUACCUAUCUACUACAUGGGUAUUUUGGCGGUGUCAUUGGUUGUCGUCGCCCCUUACAUGUCCCUAUCCCGAUGGACAAGCAACUUCCUUCCGCCGCAGCAGCACCGUGUCAUCAAUCCAGUAUGGUUUUCCAUGUUUCAGGUCGUUGCGGCAUGGGCAAACACGGGGAUGUCGCUGGUUGACCAGAACAUGAUCCCAUUUCAGACGGCAUAUCCGAUGAUAUUCUUUCUUAUCCUGUGUAUAUUGGCCGGGAAUACAGCUUACCCUAUUCUCCUACGCUUUAUGAUAUGGAUACUCUCCAAAUGCGUUCACCGAAGGUCCCGAGCGUAUGAAACCUAUCAAUUUCUACUUGAUCACCCUCGCAGAUGCUUCAUAUACAUGUUCCCUUCUCGUCAAACAUGGUUUUUGCUGCUCAUGCUGUUGUUCUUGAACUGUACCGAUUGGUUCUUCUUUCUCAUUCUGGACAUCGGGAAUCCGGCCAUCUCUACAAUCCCGGUAGGAACUAGGAACAUCUUGGGGCUGCUGCAGGCCUGUGCCGUACGAACCGCUGGAUUUCAGUCUGUGAUACUUUCAGCUUUGGCCCCGGCCGUUAAAGUUCUCUACUUAAUAAUGAUGUACAUAUCUGUUUAUCCUGUUGCCAUGAGCGUACGGUCAACGAACGUGUACGAGAAGCAAUCAUUGGGGAUAUACGAUGAAGAGGCAGAAGUAGAUGACGACGACGACCAGUUCAACAAUGGAUCAAGAGUGGCGAUAUGGGGCAAGUACAUUUUUCUCCAUGUUCGGAGGCAGCUAGCUUUCGACUUGUGGUGGUUAGCCUUCGCGUUGUUUCUAUUGUGCAUUAUCGAGGCGCAUAACCUCAACGAUCCAUCGAAGGCGACUUGGUUCAAUAUUUUCCAAUUGACAUUCGAGUUGGUAUCCGCCUAUGGGACUGUGGGGCUCAGCCUAGGUAUCCCAACGGCCAACUACUCAUUCGCCGGGGCUUUGCGCACGUUGUCCAAGUUAAUACUGUGCGCCGUGAUGUUGAGAGGUCGUCACAGAGGGCUACCGGUCGCACUGGACAGAGCAGUGAUGCUACCUUCAGAGUUCCGUCCAAAGGAGAAGGAGAAAGAAGUAUCGAAUCCAACAGAUCUCGACCAAGACACGCCGAAGACUUAUCCGUCCCAGGACGCUAGACGCGAAGGCGCCGCCUCAAGCCACGAUCUAACAGAGAAGAUUGAUCAGCGACAGAAGCAAAAUCGCGAUUCCCUCGGAACCUUUCUCCCUGAUCCCGAUGCUGCGAUUCAAUUCGAGUAA